AGUCAUCUUCUUGAAAAAUAGAUUAAUAAAAAAGAAGUGGAAAAAUGGCUGCUCUAAGGCAUAUUUCCCGAAAACUUUACAAUUUGAGUUUUAAACCAGACAGUUACUCAAAAACUAGAACAUGUGCUGCCUGUUUCCGUUUGCUAAAUUAUUCGGCAAUCGAAUAUUCCGAAGAACAGAACCCUGCCCCUUUAUUCUUCGACAAGCAAGUACAGCAUCUGCUUCGUUCGCUGACCAGAGUUGAUUUGGCCAAAGUAAAUAGAAGAAGGAAAGUGGGGGACACAAAAAUAUCUGAACCAGAAUACAAAUUUAUGACUGAUGAACAACUCCAACAAGCAAUCCAGGAAGCCGAAAAAACAACUGAAGAAUUACUUCAAAUACCUCCAGUAGUUGCAGUCCGUAUACCAAAAAAUAAGGUACUCUCGAGAGAUCCUGCCUUGCAAGGAUUGGACGAGAGCAAAAUGGUUUUCACUGACAUUACAUUUGGCGUGAAAGAUUCAGAUAGAUUGAUCGUUGUUCGCGAGCCAGACGGUACACUCAGAGAAGCAGAGUGGGAGAUGAGAAACAGAAUAAAUCAAAUAUACUUUCCAAAAAAGGAGAGAUCUCUUAAACCCGCGAAGAUGUUUUUUGGGAAAUAUCUCGAAAGCUUGUUGGACCGCAAAGAGUACGAGUUCAUUUUAGACAGAGCAUGCAUAGAGUUCGAACCGAAUGAGCCUAAUUAUCAGCAAGUGGUUUCAAUAACUUACCAACAUGCUAAUGAUAAUAAUGGUUUUGAACUGCUCAGAUCUACAAGGCACUUUGGAGCAAUGACGUUUUUUCUAGUUUGGAAUAAGAAUAUUGACAACCUCUUGCUGGAACUGAUUGAGACAAUCCAUCUUAAUGAGGCAAAGGAAUUGUUGAAGCUGUUCUCAAAGAUUCAUAAUGUUAAUUUUGAUUCCGACACUGAAAUAGAAAUGAUUGAGGAGUAUAUAAAAAAAUAUUCCACAAAGAAGGCCACACUUGAGUUAGCUAUGCAGGCUUAUAAAGAUUUGGAGAAGCAGCGAAAUGAAGUACAAAGUGCUGCCCAUGGUUCUAAUUAGUAAAUUUAGAAUUUGUUUACAUUAAAUUAUUCUUAAUUUCCUAA